CUAAAUAUUAGUGGGAAAACGUCAUUCACACUUUUUUUAAAUCAAUUAUCUGUGAUACCCUUUUGCAUCCAUCAGUUUCGUACCUUUACAAGAUUCUCGAGAAAUGGCCUGAUCUAGCUAAAUGGCUUGAGCACGAAUAUUUUUCUUUUUGGAUUGUUGGUUGUGAAGUUGCUAAAAAGAGUGAUUUUGCCUAAAGGUAUUUUGCUGAAACUUAAGCCAUUCAGCCAAAGUAAACCUUGAUUUUAGAAUCAGAAUUAUAUCAAGAAUCCAGUGUUUAUAUGAUUGGUGUCUCAUUACCAAUCACUUUACACAUGGCUUUAUUGGUUAUUUCUUUGUUGAUUUAGCAUCUUUGAUAUGCAUGUUUGUGGAAAAAAAUGGCUGACCCAGAAAGAGAGAACAGGAAUGGGAAUGAACUGACUUUCUUUCUAUGGUCUGAUGGACCUUGUAGCUGAUAAAGAACUCCAUGAUUCUUUACUUGCUACCUUUUCGUUUCUCUGGAAUUUAUGCUGCGCCCACUUUCCUGAAAAGAAUCGGUGGACCUCUGCAAUUCACAUUUAUCUCCCUAACCAGCAGUUUCACCAUUAAAUACACCUCAAUGCAGACUACCCUUUUGCAGUGCAUGAUUUGGUUCCUUUCUUUGACAAUCCCAUUCUCCCUCUUGAACCUCCAAAUUUAAAGUCUCGGAUAAUCUUAACACUGUUAUUGCUUUGAUGGCAUCAAAGAGAAUUUUGAAGGAACUCAAGGACCUGCAGAGAGAUCCACCAACUUCAUGCAGUGCAGGCAUGGAAACCUGUCCCAUGGCUGAGGAUAUGUUCCAUUGGCAAGCAACCAUCAUUGGUCCAAAUGAUAGUCCCUAUGCUGGAGGUGUUUUCCUUGUGGCAAUCCACUUUCCACCUGAUUAUCCUUUCAAACCUCCAAAGGUUGCUUUCAAAACCAAAGUUUUCCAUCCAAAUAUUAACAGCAACGGAAACAUUUGCAUGGACAUACUUAAGGAACAAUGGAGCCCUGCACUCACCAUAUCUAAGGUAUUGCUCUCAAUAUGUUCGCUACUAACAGACCCAAAUCCUGAUGAUCCGCUUGUUCCUGAGAUUGCUCAUAUAUGCAAGAGUGACAAAGUCAAGUAUGAAUCAACAGCUCGGACCUGGACCCAGAAGUAUGCCAUGGGUUAGACCCUGAUUUGCCAAAAUUUUGCUAUCGGUUAAACAGUCCCACAAACUUGCUCAGCCAUUGAUAUGACUCAAGUUUGCUAUUCUAGAUACAUUUAUGAAGUUAGCAACUAUGGUCAGGACCCGUAAUCUUAGUCUUUUCAAGAAUAAAAUUCUAGACCACUUUGGUUUUCAAGUUUUGGUUGUGUACGUACAACGCCUGUAAUAAUCUAUUAUUUAUUAUUUAAAAAACAUAUCAAUUUUUUUCUGAAAA